AAAGUCUGUAUCAUGAUAUAAAGAUUAAGAUUGAGAUAGGAUUGGAAGUUGACAAUUAGGAUAAAGUUCACUAAACUUUAAAUCAAUAUUUUCAAUCCUAGUAUCUCAAUUGUAGUUCGUAGUUCGAUUUAGACUUUUUAUGAUUUAGACAACAAUGCUUACUGUUUGGUUUUCUACAACAUUAUGAGAGAUGCACAGAGAGGUAACAUCUGGCGAACAUAAAUUCCUUGUUGCUCGCCCGUUGUUUAACCGCGCUUCAUAAAUCUAUUCUCAGUUUUCGAUAGCCCACUUCUAAGAUGUAAUGAUCCUCCAUUGAAGCAUUAAACAUCUAAAUAAUCGGCGGUCUAAAUUUACGUGGCUGCUUGAUUGGUCAAAUUAUCAUUUACAGAAGCUUGUUGUUCUUUUCUUCCGUACCGCUCUGUAUAUAUGCGAACUACCAGCAGGUAGAGGCUGCUCUUUUCCAACACUAUCGACGAUCCGAUGAUCGUCCGGCUAGUCUCUUUCCGUUGCUCGCGUGAGUAGUUCGCGUUUCUCGCACGCGUGCGUUCUUUUUCCCAUGUUUUUUGUCAACGAAAGAAAAGUCGUCACAGUAGAACACUGUACCUUAUCGCUAAAACUAGACGAAUCAACAGGCCGACGAUGUGUCAAUUUAUUCUCACGUUUUUGUGCUAUGUGCUUCUACUCGCCGCUACUUUCUUCUUUGAGCCUUCGCAGAGUCUUCAAGAAAAUUCCACAGUCGAAGAUGAACAAAUCAGCGGUUCAACAGUGCAAUACGAAUUUCACAGAUCUUACUUUAUAGACUCUAUAAAGAAUAACGGCAAGAAUGACUCAAAUCGACAUGAAAUUCACGUGCAUUCUAUUAAACAUUCUAAAGAAGAUAAACUGAUGGAGCUUCACUUAGAUCCCACAAAAGAUGACGAAAGAAACAACUCCGUGUCACGUGAAUUUCGUAAAAAUAUAACAGUGACCGAAGUCAAAAACGUGACUAAUUCCGCGAAGAACAAUUAUGAAAGGAAUAAUUCGAUGUUACGUACAAUUCACAGACAGUCCAUGAACUAUUCCGAAGAUGACAAACCAAUAGAAUUUUAUCAAAAUUUUUUUUAUCUGAAUUUCACAAAAGUCAAUGAAAAAAAUAACUCUAUGUCGUAUGAAAUUCAUGCCAAUUCCAGCAAAAACGAUGAUAAAAUCAACUUUGUACCGUAUGACGAGACAUGUGAUGACGACGACACUUGUAUUUCACUAUGCUGUCCUUUUGGUUACCUCCUAAUAGGAGUGAAAUGCGUCAUCGGAGAGGGUAAUUAUCCUUUACCGGAUGUAUAUGACGCCUAUCUCGCUUACACGCACGGAACUAGCAAUCUUACAAACAAUAAGAACAAAACAAUAGAUCAGGCGUUCAAGCUGGUCGUGCAUGAUCCGUGUCCAGGUAUUCCGCGUUUCCGGCUCGAUCCCGAGCAGUAUCCGGACGACAAAUACAGGUUUUUAUUCAACGGUUCUCUGUAUCAGCCAAAUCUGGACAAAUUUGUCGAAGCUUAUUGCGUUGCUCUUCUACCGGAUCGGAAUCAAUAUGACGUGACCGUCUGUUUUCCGAACAAUACUGAACCUGUAUCACAAUCUUACUUGUAUCCCGUGGGCCUUAUAAUAUCCCUGCCAUUUCUGCUGACAACGUUUGUGGUCUACUCUAUCAUACCAGAGCUUCGUAAUAUGCACGGCUACACUUUGCGUGGAUAUGUCGGUUCGUUGUUCGUCGCAUACACCGUCCUCUCUCUGCUGCAGCUAAUUCCGCCGAUUGAUAUGGAGGAUUUCAUCUGCAUCACACUGGCUUUCGUCAUUCACUUCUCGUUUUUGGCGAGUUUCUUCUGGCUGAACGUUAUGUGCUUUGACAUUUGGUGGACAUUUGGUGGAUUCCGCUCACUACAAGGUAGCGUAAAGCAACGAGAGAAGAAAAAAUUUAUUAUGUAUUCGAUCUACGCGUGGGGAAGUGCCUCUAUCUUCACUCUCGUUUGCGCCAUUAUGGAUUUUGUUCCCAGCAUGCCAAAGAAAUUUAUCCGACCGGAAUUUGGCGCUGAGAGAUGUUGGUUCUCCACGGAUUCAGCAAAGGCGUUAUAUUUUUAUGGUCCGAUGAGUCUCACAGUUCUAUGCAAUAUUUGCUUGUUCAUAUCGACAGCAUUAAAGAUUGUGCGCCACAAAAAAGACACGGCUCAUCAUUUGAGAAGCUCAGAGAGUAGACGCCACGACGACAACAAGCAAUGGUUUAAUUUGUACCUGAAAUUAUUCAUUGUAAUGGGCAUAAACUGGUCAAUGGAAAUAGUGUCAUGGCUAUUCAAGAGCGCGCCAGCAUAUGUUUGGUAUCUGACAGAUCUGACCAACACUCUACAAGGUCUUAUUAUUUUUAUUAUAUUCGUGUGGAAAGAAAAGAUCAAGCGACUGUUGCUGAAGCGAUUUGACUGUCAGGAUCGCAGUAUAUUUUCCAGAAACUCAAUACGCAGCGGUCUUCACAGCUCAGCCUCUCGCACUUGCACUACCACAUCGGGAGUGAUGCCUAUGCAGGAAAAAGUCAGUCCCUAUGCGCAAGUAAACUAUCGCGCCAAGAGCUUGUCUGAUGAAGCUGAUACUUAGUUCUGCAAUAAGUGACAAAAAAAGAAUACUUUCUACGAAUUAACUGCACUUUCAUAAUUUAGUUCCCUAGUUGAGAUUAAUAAUAUAUUAUUGUGCGUUUUGAGAUCUCUUUAUUUGUAACGUCAACCGAACUGACGAUUUGGCGAUUGUGAAUAGACAAACAGAUUUUGAAUAUUUUGAUGUACUCACAUCGCCAUAAAGUCGGUAAUAAUUCGAAAAAUAUUCCAUUCUUUUUCUUCAAUUGUAGUUUGUCCGUCUGGGAUGAUAUUUCUCUUCUACGCUAUCUUUUCACGUCCAGUACUACUAUUAAUAAUUUGCAUACAACAGUUGAAAUUACAUUUUUAUUACUAAUAGGCAAAUUGUGAAAAUAUUGCACAAAAAUGGCAUCAUGAAUAACGACAAUCC